UCUCCUUUACUUUCGUCGUUGCUCCCCUUGUGGCUAAAUUUGGUUCUGGAGCGCGUGCCUCAGGUCAUGGGUGGCGAUAGUGCAUAUUAUUUUAGAGGCAGUGGUGGUGGCGACGGCAGUGGUGGUGGCGGUAGUGGUGUGUAGUGAGGAGUGGUCGUUAUCUCUGCCUCUUGGAGCAACACCACCCCACCAGCCCACCACCAACCGGUCUGCAUUCACACUCAGCUCAUGAAGGCGCGGAGUGUCUGGGCGGAAGAAGAGGCUGUGGAAAGGUUGAAGCGAAGCCUUGACAUAACAGGUGCGCCGGCAAUCGUCAGCAGGUUAUGGUGCUGAGAGAGUCCCCGCUUCACACACCACCGCCCGCUAAGAGGAACGACACGAGAUCACUACCCUUGGGAACGCCAGGUGCUGUCGAUGUGGGCUUGGUGUUCCUCUUGAAACUGUCCGCAGAUACUAUUGAAAAAUGUUUAAAAGAGUAUGGUUAUGGCGGCUGCGCUCACGUUCCCAGAUCAAACCCGCCGUGGUCGUGACAGUGUGUCUCGCCGCGUCCAUCUUCGUUUUAGACAGUUCCAUGACUGCAAGAAGCGUACCUCGUGGACAUCCCUCUUAUCCCGAGGACACCACCACCACAACCACCACCACCACCACCACCACCAGCACAGUGUCCACACCACCACCGUCACUCCAGCACUCUCACAGUGAUGCAGCCCGGGCCAUGAAUUCCCACAGUGUAAUUACCGCCUUAAAAGGUGCCUCUGAUAGACUUGAAGCUAAUAUCGAGUCUGAUAAAACGACGGGAGGAAGACUCUCCAAUGAAAGACUUUUCAUUUUCAGCGAGAAUGUUGGAAAACACGGUGAAGACAUUCAUACGCAGAUUGGAGUGAGCGGAGAAUCAAAGAUAACUGAUACAAAGAGCGUGAAGAAGAGUCCGAGUCCAUCAUUUGGCUUCGUAAAUAGGGAUUUCAAGCCUCCCCCGCCGCGACAGAGGCGUGGCGGUGGCGGACUCAUGGAUGUCAUUCAGGGAUUCAUGAAGAGCGGCUCGCUGCUCGGUCCAGGAAAUCUGUUAGGAGCCAUAGCUGCUCUUAAAAAAUUCGAGACUGUCAACCAUAAGCAAAGUAAAGAUGAAAUUCAAAACGAUUCCAAAGUACCACCAGUGGGAAUCGCACGUGAUCCGGGGCGUCAUAACAGUGGCAAUAGAGAACAAAAGCCAGGCCUGUGGGAGGGAAGUGGAAGGUUUAAAGGUCAAACAGAAAAUACAAAAGACCAAAAUGGGCAAGAUCGUUUUACAGCUGCACAAAAACCGUACCGACCAACGUCUGAUGAAAGCAGAGGAAGAGGGAAGCAGGAUGGCAUGCCCUCUCACGGUCACGGCGGAUCCCCGGUAGGAAGUGUUUUGGGAUCCCUAAUUAGUAAUCUGGCCCCGAUGCUGCUGUCUAGUGGACGCACCAAGAACGACAGGCAAAUGGAAGGAGCGAGCGCUGUGUCGCAUUCUAACAACCUUCAGGCCUUAAUGGGUGGCUUAGGCCCUCUCUUCCUGGCUGGAUUUGGGGGCCUUGGAGGAAAAAGGAGAGGCCCUGACUCGCCAUCUGACUCAAUGAAGAUGAAUUCCCUACAUACAAUCAUGAGUCAGGUUGGGUCAUCUCUCAUGGCGGAGGCAGCAUUGCACCCUAACUCAAAGGUUCCUCUACAGUCUCUUUUUGCCAACCUUGGACCACCUCUCCUCUCCUUCUUUACGCAAGGGAACGAUCAGAGCGCCGACAGAAAGGGAACGGCGAACUCCAGCCCCGUGCAGGCCAUUCUAGGAGGGCUGCUUCCACUUCUUAAUCCUGGUAUGUCGCAGCAGAGUGAGCUUUCCCAUGGCAGGGACAGAAACAGGUCACCUCAAAGCCCAAUUCAAAGCAUCGUUAAUGGAAUGGGACAGAGCAUUCUUAAAAAUCAGACUGGGCUGGGUGGACUCCUGGCCGGGAUGGCGCCUGUAUUAAUGUCAGGGGCGGCGAGGCGAGGAUCGAGGACGCUACAAGAGGUGGAAGUGGAUGCUGAGGCCGGAUCUGACUACAAUGGCGUGGCGUCAUCUGGUGGUUUCGAGAGUGAAGGCGGAAGGCAGGACGCGAGCCGUGCGGCAGUGAGGCUGCUGGUGCGGGCGGCGGCGUCAUCACUCCUGCCGGAAGAACUGCCGGUACCGGAAAUUAACUCCACGAAAAGUCUGUGGGACAUGGCUGUCAAUCUGGCGUUUGGAAAUCCACGCAACUUCCACGAGAGAAACAGCAGGUUUUGGCAGUGGGUCAAGGCGUACAUGGGCGACGAAUCACGAAGGAGCAGCAGGAUCAGCGAGGACUUCAACCCAGCGUGGGUCACCGCGGCCCUCACCGCCAACGCAGCACAGCGCGAGGCAAGCGCCCACACCCUCACCAAGCUGUAUCAACGUCUGGAGGACCCACAGCCUUUGUGUCAGCACGUCCGUUCCAUAGGAGGACUCUUCAAUUGGAGGACGGGAGUGUUAGUGAACGCGAGGGACGUGUGCAUGGACUCUGACGUGGCCCCUAGGAGCAAGGGCUGCAUGGUGUACUCCUUCGGUGUAAAGGAUGAAUGGAGCUUCGAGGAGGACAUGGAGGACAUUGGCUGUGAGGUGUGGGCGUUUGACCCAACUAUGACCACGGGCAACCACAACCACUCCUCGGCCAUUCACUUCUACAAUCUGGGUCUGGCUUCGUCCUCCUCUCCCACCACCGCCACCAAGAAGGGACAGCGAUGGUACCUGUUCCCUCUGGCCGGGGUGAUGAAGAGACUGGGCCACGCCACCUCCACCAUUGACUACCUCAAGAUGGACAUUGGUGGCAGCGAGUGGCAAGUGCUGCAUGAAACGGCCACUCACAGUCGCCACGCGCUCACAAACCUGAGACAGCUUGGAGUGGAGGUUCACUUGGAGGCCGCGCUGAGGGACCCCAGCCUCUAUACUCUGUACCUUGACGUUCUGGAGGGACUGGAAGGCCUCGGAUUUCAACUAUUCUCGUCCAACGCGACUCAGAGGCACGGAUGGACCUACCACGACCCGCUGCUGGGCCGGCGGGUGAGCCUCCACUACGACCUAGUCUUCCUGAGGGUGUAGCUUGGAGAGAGAGAGAGAGAGAGAGAGAGAGAGAGAGAAUGCCAUUUAUUUAUUUUCACCGUUAUGAUAAGAUUAAAUUAUGUUGAUGAAAAGACAAUUAUUUCACUCAGGAAAGCAUAGAGUCGAGUGACGCUUUUAUCGCUACGGUGUCAGUAAGGCUUAUCAAUGCGUGUGUGUAUGUGUAUGUGUGUGUGUUUGUGUUUGUGUGUGUGUGUGUGUGUGUGUGUGUGUGUGUGUGUGUGUGUGUGUGUGUGUGUGUGUGUGUGUGUGUUCAUAAAUAGAUACAUGUGAGGAAUGCUGACAGUUAAUCAUGAUUUUAUUGAAAGUGGCUGAAAAAUAAAGCAACAUGAACAGUAUGAAAAAUCAGGAGGAAGAAAUGAACUGACUUUUGUGAUACACAGUGCAGGAGAAAAGAAAAAUGUGUAGAAAUACUAAGUGAAAAAAUGAAGAAAGAAAGGAGAAAAAAACAAAACAAGGAAAGAUGGGUUCCGAGUGUGUGUGUGUGUGUGUGUGUGUGUGUGUGUGUGUGUGUGUGUGUGUGUGUGUGUGUGUGUGUGUGUGUUACAGCUGACCUGAAGGCUGCGUACUCCUCCUGUGUCUCCUCGUCCCUGAGGCGGCUACUGUUGUGAGUAAUGAGAGGCUUUCAUGAGUCGUAUAAGGCAAUUUCCGUCUCUUGUUAUUCUUUUUCUUUCGGUUUGUGUUUUUUUUUCGUAUGUUAAUUAAUUUUGUCCACGUGUUUGUUGAUGACGGCCUUGGAUGGUGUCUUGUAUUUUGUGUGUAUAUAUAUAUAUAUUUAUCUGUCUGUAAAUGACGUCGUUUCUAUAUGUAGGUUAGGUGGUAUGCACGACUGUAUGUAUGUUUGUAUGUGCUUGACAUUAUUUAUUGAUUUAUUUUUCUUUUAUGUAAGACUGACAUUGGCCAAGGACAGCGAAAAGAGCAAAGAGAAAGUGCAUUGAAGUGCCAGUCCCUAAAGGAAAGCCAAAAGGGUCAUCUUAGAUUAGAGAAUAAGUGUCUGCAGAACGUUCAAGUCAAAAGGAGAAAAUACAUAAAUGGGCAAAAGUUCCAGAGGUUAUAUAAACCUUUCUGUUAAGUGAACAUACCCUCAUCACCACCACCACCACACCACCACCACCACCACCACCACCACCACCACCAC